UAAUUUUUAUUAAUAAUUAAUAAUUUAUUUAUUUAUUUAUUUAUAUUUCCUCCCCUCCUUAAUUUUCCACGUUCUUCUUCUCGCCAGAUCCACCGAUCUGCAAGCUUCUGGAGGAAUCGAUCUUUCUCGCUCUUCGCGACAGGUAAUUGGUUCAAGCUAACUUUACUUGCUUUACUUAGCUAUACAUUGAGGAGAUGGUGACCGUAUCCUUCGGGGGCCUAUGAAGUUGAUAGUCCAAAAUGAUUAUCAGUAUGCAGCUUGCUUCAUGAUAUCUGCUGUGAAAUGCUGGAACCUGAGGAUUGGACCUGAAAUCCAUGCUUUCAGCUGACAGUAGACGUGAAUCUUAAAGCUUUUCAUUGACGUCUGUUCAUUCUGACCUCUAUAAAAAUGUCUGAUUCAAACAACAACGUUCAUUCGGUGAGCACUCUUUCUGGUGGAAAGACAAGCAAAAACACUCUAGUGGCUUCUUCCCCAGGAAGCAUUUCACCAAAGACCUUCAAGCACAUGAUACCUUCAAAGCAUAUAAUAAGGCUGAGAAAGGGAUCAGCAAGUCAUACAAUAUCUUUUCUACUCAAAGUUGUGGCUCUAGAAGCAGUUAGAAGAAUCUCAAAAGCGAGGUGUCCAUUUAUAUGGCGUGCCAUUCAAGCAUUGCAAGUUUUUGGAUAUCCUCCAUUCAAAUGGAUUCAACGAUGGGAACCUCUCAAAUUUAUUGUCAAAGGUGUUCAGAAUUUUUCGCGACCAUUAUUAUUUCUCUCCGUCACCACAGCGUUAUCUGAGCACUUUGAAAGUUGUAAUAAAACCGACGAUACUUCAGAUGAUUCUCAACCACAUCCCGAAUCACCUAGAAGAUCAUCAACUUCCGAAAUAAGGUGUUCUGAUGAGAUUGUUAAGGAUACUGCAACAGAAAAUUGGUUGGUGCAACUUUUUGGGGAACUGGAGAAACAGGGAAUCAAUUUGCCUGAGAGGAUCAAUGAGGAUGAACUUCGCAGAUUCUAUGGUGCAGCGAAUGGCGAUCUUUCAUGCUUGCUCUCAUCACUUAAGAAGACCAUUCGUUGGAGGGAAACUUUUCAUAUACUUACAUUGCAAGAGCUUGAGACAUGGUCCCAUUUAGUGUUUUGGCAUGGAUUUGAUGUAUUGCUUCGUCCUUGUCUAGUCAUCCGCCUUGGACAUGCGUGCUCUAAUCUAGUUCCGCAUGAUAGGCCUCGAUUUGCUCAGGCAAUUGUUUCUCAAAUUGAACACGGUGUCCUGCAUUUGGUCAAUGAAGAGGACCCACGUAUUACGGUUGUGAUGGAUUGUCAAGGACUCUCUCCAUUCAGAUUUCCCAUGCAGAUGAUGAGGUCAUUCUCUGCUAUUGUUCAAGAUCAUUAUCCGAAUCGUCUAGGUACUCUAUUCGUCGUACGUCUUCCACCGGUUGUCAGAGUUAUUGCCCAAACAUUUAUUCAAGUUCUGAAGCCAACAACAAAGCAAAAAAUGCGUUUUGAGGGAGAAGCAUAUCAAAAGGCAUUAAAUGAUUUCCUCCAGAUUGUUCCAGCUUUUCUCGGUGGUAAAUGCAGUUGCUCGCAAUGCAGUCAGAUUCUUUCUGCCAAAGUAAAAAUUCAGGCAAAUGAGACUAGCAAAAGCCAGCAUGGCCAGAAUGAUGACAUGGAUGAGGAGUCAGCAGGUACUAGCCUGACUCAAUCUGAUAUUCCCUUGAAUAAUAACUGCGAAAAUGUAUUAAGGGCUGCCAUCGUAGCUUUCCUCAUGCUGUGGAUAUUCAUUGCAUUUCUUGCUGGGAUGAGUGAUGGAGAAUCUCUUUCCUCUCAGUAGUAGUGUUAAGAUUUUCCGCAAUUAGUUCAUGUUAUGUGGCAUCUUACUUUAUCGUAUGUGUUGGUGCUUAGCCGUUCAUAGGUUAAGUGUUCACAUCGGAUGUCAUGUUAGUUGUGGUCAGGGUUCGCAAGUGCUAUUGCAUCUACUGGAUCAUGCAUGUAAAUGCUGGUUUUUUCCUCUCAUUUUUCAUUUGAUAUUUUGGUCCUCCUAUCCCAUAGAUGUAUUUAUCUUAUUUGGUUAGUUACAGCUAUAUUUUCACAAUAUGCUGAAAUUCCCUGUACUUCAUGUUACCAUAUCUGCUGGACCAUGCUUUGUAUUAA